UGUGGAUGUGGAAGGUGAUUUUUCAUGUGGUGACAUUAUUGCGUUGAUUUUUUAAUAAUUGUACUUAUCUAGUUCUAUGGUAAUAAUUAAGCUACAACGACAUAUUAUAUUUUAGAGUGAAUACUUAUACAUUAGUAUAAUAAAAUAAGAAAAAAGACAUUAAUUGCUCAGUGUAGUGAUCAAGAUGAAUAAUUUGAGUAGAGUCGGUUUGAUGCUAAGAUGCGGAACAGGGUGUACUAGGAGAUAUGUUCAAAGUAACGCUAACCUGUUGGAAAAUUGUGUCGAACUUAGGAACAGAAAUCCAAGAAAUUUGGAGUUGAUGACCAUUGCUAGGAAGCCCCUGGGAUAUUGGUUGGAUAUGCCUGGUCACGAAUACUGGCACAAGUUAGUUGUAAAAGUAACGUCUAAAAAUUUGGUGCUACAAAUCAAUCAUUAUAAAAAUGGACCGGUUGUUACAGUAUCAACUACCGAGUAUGCUAUGAAGAGACACCUUUUCAAAUCACUAGAUAUUACCGCAUACACUAAUGCUGGGAGAGUACUUGCUCAGAGGUGUCUUGAGAGUGGGAUAGGGUCAAUUAUGUGUGAUAUUGAUACAGAAAACAGUACAAAGUUAACAGCUCUAAUUGAUGAACUACGGAAAGGCGGAGUAGUUUUACAGGAGGCAAUACCUUAUAAGAAUCCAGAACCAUGGGAUGCAACAAGGAUGAUUAAACCAUGGACCAUAGUAGAUUAA